AUGCCGCGGCCCAUCCAGACAGGGCUGGUCGAGCCCGACGAGCGGUCGCCGCUUCUCAAUUUUCCACAGCUCGCCAACUCAUCCUCCGUCGCCAAAAAGGGCGGCGCCGUCGUGCGCGUCGUCGAGUCCGGCAGCGGCGGCGAGAGCGAUGAGGGCCACAGUCCCACCCACGCCGGCAGCUACCGCGCGCCCAGCUUCACCGAGUCCAUGUCGACCGACUCGUCUCUGCUGCGGGACAUUGAGGCCGAGGCCUCGUCUGUCCAGAACACGGGCCCGCCCAAAGGCACCGCGUCCAGCGCGGCCACAAUUCUGCGCGUCGUGCUCGUCCUCAUGAUCGGCGUCGUCGUGUCCAACGCCGACGGCUCGCUGAUGCUGGCCACGCACCCCGUCAUCGCCUCCGAGUUCAACGACCUCGAAAGCUCGAGUUGGCUGUUUGGCGGAUUUAUCCUGGCAUCGGCCGCGACACAGACCAUGUACGGCAAGCUGAGCGACAUUUAUGGCCGCAAGAACCUGAUUUUGGCCUCGUAUAUCAUCUUCGGCCUUGGCUGUGGUAUCGGCCAGUCCAUGUUCCAGGUCAUCCUGGGCCGUGUCAUCUCGGGUAUCGGCGGUGCCGGCAUGACGGCUCUCGUUUCUAUUUUGAUCUCUGACCUUCUUCCCAUCCGUGAAGUUGCCACUUGGAGAGCAUACAUCAACGUCGCUGCGACGACCGGCCGCAGUCUAGGUGGCCCCGUCGGUGGCUGGCUCGCGGACGUCAUCGGCUGGAGAUGGUCCUUUAUUGGCCAGGUGCCGUUCAUGCUGAUCGCCACCGUCCUCUGCCAAAUCUACCUGCCGUCAAACUCCCGCAACUUGAAGGGCGGCAAGCACGUCGCCACCGACAACAGUGUCUCCAACCGGGACAGGCUCAAGCGUGUCGACUUCUUGGGCUCCUUGCUGCUGGCCCUCACGCUUCUGGCCUUCCUCUUGCCCAUGGAGAUUGGCGGCUCCAAGGUCGCCUGGACCUCGCCCAUCGUCCCCUCGCUGUUCGCCGCGUCCGUCGUCCUGUUUGUCUUCUUUAUCCGCACCGAACAGCGCGCCGUCGACCCCGUUGUCCCGCUCGGCAUCUUCCACAUCCGCGAUGCCAACCUGUCCAUCUUCAUCCAAAUGGCCCAGCUCUCGGCCCAGCUCGGCCUCAUGUUCACCGUGCCGCUGUACUUCAAGGCGUCGGCGCAAGUGUCCAACACCGAGGCCGGUGCCCAUCUGUUCCCGGCCGUGGCCGGGAACGCCAUUGGAGGUAUCGUCUCGGGCCUGUAUAUCAAGAAGACCGGCCGGUACCGCAACAUGAUUCGGCUGGCGGCCCUGUCGGCCAGCCUGUCGUAUACGUCACUGCUGUUCCGCUGGAACGGUCACACAAACUGGCUCGAGUCGCUGUACAUCAUUCCAAGCGGUUUUGGUGCCGGCAUUAUCCAGAGCGCCGUCUUCAUCUCCCUCCAGGCCGUCGUCGAGCCGGGCCACAUGGCACCGGCCAUUUCGAUAUUGUACCUGUCAAGCACCUGCGCCAUGAUCCUGGGCCUUGCAUGUGCCAGCAGCAUCAUGGGUGUCACCUUGAAGCCGGCGCUGUCUAGAAAGCUCCUCGAGCUGAACCUGGAUCCCGCAGUGCGGGCAGAGAUCUACAAGAGCUCCAUUUCGAACAUCGAGUACAUUGCAACUCUGACCGGCGCAGUGAAGGGGGCCGUCAUUGACGCGUACGUCGAUAGUCUGUGGUGGAGUCAUAUUGUCUCCCUUGCUUUCUCGUCGUUUGCCUUCAUUGCCUCGCUUGUCCUUGGCGAGAAGCCGCUGAAGAAGGAACCGGCUCCUGUGCAGUUACCAGACGAGGACGCAGAAUAA